AGAUUAAUGUGCCCUCAAGAUAGCCUACCUGGCUGGCAGGGGGGCCUAUCCUGGACCUGUCGGCUCAAGUUGUUUCCAUGAACCAAAUUGGACUUUGGAUAAGUGGAAUAACUCUUUCAUCACGGUAGCCAUGGACUUUGACCCUUUAAUGACGUCUCCCUGACCCUCCACGUGUUGCCUGUUGACACAGGCAGUUUGGGCUGAUGCUUUGAUAACAAGGACCUUUAUAAGUCAGACGAGAGGAGAAGUCCCCCUGCAGACCCAGAUCCUCAGAAAGAUAAAUAUGCAUCUCAAAGUUGUGAUCUUCGCUUUGUCAUUCUUGAGAACUGCAGCAUUCCCUCUCCACCGUAACACCAGGGAAGCAACCUUGACUGACUUAAAGGACAACCAGGCUCAUGACAAGACAGAACUCACAAAAGAUGUGGAUAAAAUCUACAAGAGCCACAUAGACAGCAGUGACCUUUACAACCCAGAUGAUCAGAGCAAAAACCCUAUGGCAGAGGAGAUGCAGCGCAAACUCAACCUUGAGUCAGAGCGUCUGCGAACCCGCCUGCGCCAAGAGCUGGCCGAACUUCAGGAGAGGUUGUCCCAUUCGGCCCACCCCAGCUCCACCCUGGCCAGCAUGAGGGAGCGCUUGGCUCCCCUCAUCGAGCAGCUCCAGAGCUCUCUCAGCAGCAAUACCCAAGACCUUUGUGGCCAGCUGAGUCUCUAUCUGCAGGGACUGGAGACAGCUGAGGCCCAGACAGAGACCACUCCGGCUUUGUACCAGGAAGCCUUCUACUGGAUGAGCCAAACGCUGGAGCACAGCAGCUCCACGGUGGCUGAUCUCAUCAGUGACUUCCAUACUAAAACCAUUGAGGUGAUCAAACAUCUGAAAGAGACCAGUUCUAGUGAGCAAGAGGCAGCCAAGUCAGACCACUGGCAGGAAAUCAGCUCCAGGAUGGGACAGGUAGUGAGUUCUUUGAGGGUGGAGGCACAGAACAGGGUGGGGGCUGUCAGAGCAGAGCUUGCUGCUCUGCUAGGAACUGCACGGCCGGGUAAGGAGGAAUUGACAGCCAGUAUGGAGCGUUUCUGCCAAAACGCAGCCUUGCAGAGCCAAGUGUUUCAGGCCCGGAUGGAGGGGGUGUUUAAGGGGGUUGAAGAUGAGUUGGAUGUCAAAGGAGCCAGCAGCCUGUCUGCAUAUUCUUCCUCUUCUUUUUCCUCGUCUGUACAGACAGCUGGAAAUUUGCAGGAGGACUUCUCAGUCAAACUUUCUGCUCUGAUUGAAGACAUUCUGCACUCAGUGUAGUGACAGAGGCUACAACACAUUUUUCAUAAUAAAAAUGCCAAUAAACUGCUGUUAUUAUCUUAUUAAAAUGUAUCAUUUUUGACAAUAUAGGGAUGAUGCAAUUUCACAUGGUUUAUUACAGGGCAAGAGACUGUUGUUUUGCCACACAGUUUAUAGCUUUUGAAAAUGUUCAACUCUUGCCAAGUUGGACUUUUACAUGCAGUGUAGUUAGAAUUAUACUUGUCUUAAAGUGUUAGUUGUUAGUCUUAUCCAUUAUUUUGGUUGUUGUUUGCCAUUGUACCAGCACAGCAAGAACCCUGUAAAUAUUUAUGAGUGUUUGGUUUUGAUUGAUGUAUUGGUUUCAUUCUGUAUGACAAUUAUUUUGUAAAUAUGUGCAAUGUAAUAUCAACCACAGAAUGCCAACAUGAUUUGACUUUUAUUUGUAAUAUUAACAAAACAGAUCUGACAUAUAUAUUGCAGAUUAUAAUGUGCUCCCAGUGUUUUUUUAUAUAGGCUGUACAAAACAUAAGAUUCUGUAAAUGCAAAAUAUGGUAAGACUGCCAGUGCAGACCUGCUAUUAUUAAAAUAAAAAUAAAAACAUAAAAUAUUAAAAUUAUUUUGUUCUAAAAUGA